GGAGAGGAUCACGUAGACCGCAUAAAGUGAGCCGCUCUAAGCUGGAGUCUGCUCAGGCAGCAGCACUGGUGCAUUGUGGGUCAGAGCGCAAACAUGCAGUCGUUCAUCGCUAAGAAUGGAAAUGAGACGCCAGAGCCGGUGAAAGCUCAGGUGAAAGGCUCCCUGCCAUCCUGGCUGCAGGGGACCCUGCUGCGGAACGGACCCGGCCUGUUCUCCGUGGGGGACUCGGAGUACAACCACUGGUUUGAUGGAUCCUCACUGAUCCAUAGUUUCACCUUCAGCAAUGGGGAAGUGACCUACAGAAGCAAGUUCCUGAAGAGUGACACCUACAAGAGGAACGUCAAGGCCAACCGGAUCGUCGUGUCAGAAUUCGGAACCAUGGUCUACCCCGAUCCCUGCAAGAACAUCUUUGCCAGGACCGCCACACACCUCAGCAACAUUGUGCCAAACUUCACUGACAACAACUUGAUCAACAUCAUUCGUUAUGGAGACGACUACUACGCCUCCUCUGAAGUCAACUACAUCAACCAGAUUGACCCAGACACCUUGGAAACCGUUGGUAGGGUCAACUACAGGAACCACAUUGCUCUGAACUUAGCGACGGCCCAUCCGCACUACGACGAUGAGGGCAACACCUACAACAUGGGGACGACCAUCAUUGGCCUUGGUCGGCCAAAAUACAUCAUCUUUAAAGUCCCUGCUAAUGGCACAGGGAAAGAACACAAGAAGCCGGCACUGAAAAAAGUUCAGCAGAUCUGUUCGAUUCCUUUUCGCUCCACUUUGUUCCCCGGCUACUUCCACAGCUUUGGCAUGACUGAAAACUACAUCGUCUUUGUGGAGCAACCCUUCAAGCUGGACAUCGUCAAACUGGCAACGGCGUAUUUCAGAGGGGUCAACUGGGGGAGCUGCCUCAAGUUUGAUGAGAAAGACACUACCUUGUUUCACAUCAUUGACAGAAAAACGGGGAAGAAAAUAUCGGCCCACUACUACGGCGACGCUCUAGUUGUCUUCCAUCACAUCAACGCCUACGAGGAGAACGGCCACGUGGUCUUCGACAUGAUCACCUACAAGGACAGCAACCUGUACAACAUGUUCUACCUUCACAACAUGAAACAGGACACCAGUUCCUUCAUCCAGAAAAACCAGGAAUUUUCUCCACCUGUUUGUCAAAGAUUCGUCUUGCCUCUCGAUGUCCAUAAGGAAUCCCCUAAAGGAACCAAUCUAGUGACUCUGACGGACACGUCUGCUGAGGCGGUGAUGCAGGAGGACGGAUCGGUCUACUGCAAGCCUGACAACGUUUUCGUAGGUAUGGAGUUGCCGGGAAUCAACUACAAAUUUAACGCCAGAAAGUACAGAUACUUUUACGGCUCAAAGCUGGACUGGUCUCCUCACCCCAACAAGAUCGCCAAGGUCGACAUCGUGACCAGGACCCAUGUGGAGUGGCACCAGGAGAACUGCUACCCCUCCGAGCCGGUGUUCGUGGCGUCUCCUGGAGCAGUGGAGGAGGAUGAUGGCGUUAUUCUGUCUUCUGUGGUUUCCUCCGAUCCCGACAUCACCCCCUUCAUGCUCGUCCUCAACGCGAAAACCUUCGAGGAGAUCGCUCGAGCUUCUAUUCCCACCACUGUCCACAUGGACCUUCAUGGACUUUUUAUCCCUGCUGCUGUCUGACCGCCUCACUGUUUCACGCUGAAUCAAUUAUUCUCUGGGAACACUCUCCAUAUUUUUAGAACCUUGAGGCAUUCUUAAAUUAUCUUUUUUUUCUCCAUUUGGUUUUCAGAUUUUGUAAAGCAAUUUAUAUCUUUUGUUUAUGUUGCUUUCUAAAAGACAUACGUGUAUCCGUCAUUGUGUAAUUUUUAAAACUUUUAUUUUGGCAUUUUAGAUUGAAAGAAAAUAUUUUAAGUUUAUUAUGGUCAAACAAUGGCGAAUUUAAACUAUAUUUUGUAUUGAAGUUCAAUGUAAAAAAAA